CCACUUAUAUCUGUAUACAAUGAGAAGGGAGAAUCAUCUGGUAGCAACGUCUCUCUGCCAGCUGUAUUCAGGGCUCCUAUCAGACCAGACAUUGUCAGCUUUGUCCACUUUGAGAUGAAGAAAAACAGUCGUCAGCCUUAUGCUGUCAGCAAGAAAGCAGGACAUCAAACCUCUGCUGAAUCAUGGGGUACUGGAAGAGCUGUGGCACGUAUUCCACGUGUACGUGGUGGUGGUACUCACAGAUCUGGUCAGGGAGCCUUUGGUAACAUGUGUCGUGGAGGACGAAUGUUUGCCCCCACAAAGACCUGGCGGAGAUGGCACAGGAAAAUCAACACAAACCAGAAAAGAUACGCUUUAUGCUCGGCUAUUGCUGCUUCAGGCAUCCCAGCACUUGUUAUGUCAAAAGGACACAAAAUUGAAGAGAUUCCAGAAGUACCACUUGUUGUCAGUGACAAAAUUGAAGAAUACAAAAAGACAAAAGAAGCUGUCCAGCUGCUUAGAAAAUUGAAAGCUUGGCAAGACAUUUUAAAAGUUUACAAUUCCAAAAGAUUUAGAGCUGGUAAAGGAAAAAUGAGAAAUAGAAGAAGAAUACAGCGACGUGGACCUCUUAUUAUUUAUAAUCAAGACAAUGGUUUAUCAAGAGCUUUUAGAAAUAUACCAGGUAUAACAUUACUAAAUGUUGCCCGGCUAAAUCUUCUGAAAAUCGCUCCUGGAGGUCAUGUUGGUAGAUUCUGUAUUUGGACACAGUCGGCUUUUAACAAACUUGACAAUAUCUAUGGUACCUGGAAAGCAGCUUCUAAAGAAAAGAGUAAUUAUAACCUUCCAGCUACUAAAAUGACCAACACAGAUUUAAAUCGUUUAUUGAAGAGUGAUGAAAUACAAGCAGUUCUCAGAGCACCUAUAAAGGAGAAUAAGAAGAGAGUCCUUAAGAAGAACCCACUGAAGAACUUGCGUGUAAUGAAUCGCCUCAAUCCUUACGAUAAGGUGAUGCGUAAAGCGGCUAAGGAGCAAGAGCUGCGUCAAAAACGUGCCAGAAGUGGAGUUGUCGACGCUAAACGUGGGACUGCGGCCCCAGCCAAGAAGCCGGCUGCAAAGAAACCUGCAGCCAAGAAGCCAGCAGCUAAGAAGUAAUUCAACAAUCGAAUGAUUUUAUGUUCAAUACAUGAAAUGCAGAACUAGCUAAAAACAAAAAUAAUUUAAUUUAUGAACUGUUUAUUUUAAUUAUGUACGGACAUUUUUGUGAAAAAAAUUUAUAUUGACAGUGAAGACUUUUUACCACUUACCUUAUAUUGUCUAUCGAUAGUGCUGUUUGUUGUUUAGUACUGAUAAUUGUGUUGUCAUAAGAUCAAGUUGAAUAAACCUGCUGCAACUGGA